AAGUGAUAGUAACCCUUUUGUAAUUGUUUAUUGUUUGUCGGUGCGGUUUGGUUGUUUUGCGUGUGGGUUUGUGACACGGCACGUUGAUGUGAGACAACUAUGGACGAGAUCCCUUGGAGGUGUCGGACGAGGUGGGAAAUCAGCAAGCUGGAGCGCCUCAUUGAGUGAUCCGCAGCGACUUUGUGUUUUGUAGUGCUACAGUCGUCUACGUCGUGCCAGGACACACCAUGCCCAACACAACCUACACCAACAACAACUACCAGCUGCCGGCGGCGUCGCAGGACAUGGCCGCGCCCGAGUACGCGGCGCACGCGCAAGCCCAGGUGGCGGCGCCGCACUGCGACCCGGGCGCGGUGCGCGGCUACUACCAGCCGAUGGAGCCGCCGCCGCCGCACCAAGUGCCCGGCCACAUGCACCCGGCCGCCGUCGACCCCAGCCAGCACCGGCCCGACAUGUACCGCGGCUACGAGAGGCCCAUGCACAUGCGCGCCAACGGCAACCACCAGCAGUACUACCCGCAGCCGCAGAUGGAGAUGCCCGAGGCCGGCUACGACAACGGCAUGGAGCAGUACCGCACGCACUCGCCCAGCCAGUACCCGGGCACGCGCUACAUGCCGUGCAAGAUGCAGGAGGGCAUGAACGGCGCCGUGCCCAACGGCAUACCGGACGCGCAGUACAUGCAGACGCAGGCGGAGCCGGCCGGCGAGAUGGCGGCCGGCGGCCAGCAGGUCAUGUACGCCAACGGACAGCCGCCGCCGGCCGGGCCGCAGGGCCAGCAGAGCGGCGCAGGCUCGCCCAACGUUCUCUUCCCCUGGAUGAGGACUCAGUUCGACCGGAAACGGGGACGGCAAACAUACACGAGGUACCAGACCCUGGAGCUGGAGAAGGAGUUCCACUUCAACCGCUACCUGACGCGCCGGCGGCGGAUAGAGAUCGCGCACGCGCUCUGCCUCACCGAGCGGCAAAUCAAGAUCUGGUUCCAGAACCGGCGCAUGAAGUGGAAAAAGGAGAACAAGAGCCAGGACAGUUCUGUGAAGGGUGGUGGCGCGCGCUCCGAGACGGAAACGUCGCCCGGGGACCCUUAGUGCGCCGCCGUCGCGUCGUCAUCCGUUAGUCCUUAUUUAUUUAUUGUUGGAGGACGUUGUGCGCGCGCGCGCGUGCGCGAGCGCCCGUGAGCCGGCGCAGGACUCAGUGAUACUCGACUCUUCAUUUGUAUGCGUGUCGGCCGCGGCCGGAGUGAGCUCAACGGCCCGGAUUUAUGGCCGCCGGCGGUGCGGCGCCGGCGCCGGCGGGCCACCAGAGCGUCGUCCGGCCCCCCGUCUGCACGCUCCGCACGGCGGCUGGUGGCAUGCACGGUGCACACACACAUAUACACAGACACAGACCGACACACAAACACACGAGGCAGCACACGUACACGCCCGGUUGCAGUCCUGCAGCCCUCCGCUGAGGGCUAAAGUCACCCGAAAUCUUUUGUAUAGACGCCAAACGCAAAGCAUCUGCAUUUUAUAUAGGGAGAGCUCUGAGUUGCCCACCUUGCGAUGACCCUUUAGGUUUGGUUGACCCCGCCUCGGCCUGGCUGAGGCGGCCUUGACCUGACCUGCCUUUGACAAGCGGCGGCGACUCCUGACGAGGGGAAGCGUCGGCCGACCAUGUGUAGGACAUGCAGUAUUUGUAGGCUAAACCUAUGUCUGAGACGUGUGUGUGAUCGUGCUUCGGCGUUUUUUUGUACGAAAAAAAUACGUAACACGCGAGACCGCUUAGCGUGGACUGAAACGAAAUACGUAAUUUACCUAAAGUAUACGUAAAGUUUCCAUCCUAACAUUGUAGUGUGUAAGGAAAUGAGACUGGCAACUGACGCAUCAUUCAUUGUUGAAUAGGAUAUCACCUAUACUUUUGGUCAUUUUCUUUUCACUUGUUUUCAUUGAGAAAGCGUGAUCCUAAGUUGCAGAAUGUUUAUUAUUAGCAUGCUGUGCACACAAUCAAAAGGCGUUUUGUCCAAAGUUGACUACAUUGUCCAGCGGUUCUAUAGUGAUUUAGCCGUUAUUUUUUGUGCUCGUCGGUCGCUGCGUUGUGCAAUUUCCUGCUUUUGCAUCGGGACCCCGAAGGCCCCUGGCGCCUGGAAUACGUAAUCAAGUGCUAUGUGCGUCGUCACUGUAAAUACGGUGUACCGAUAAGUGGUAAACAGACUAAGUUGUGUAGAUCACAGCGAUUCAGCACACCCGCUCAUCGGUAGAAUUCAGUCAGGCAACUUUAAUUCGAAAGAAUGAUCUCGAAAAAGUUUGAUGAUUGUACUUAUGAGUUGUCAGCGGGGCGAGCGUUCUCAAGCGGGGCGUGUCUGCGGCUCACCAGCAACUUCAAUACGUAACGCGGAUACCUUUUGGCGCGGUGUGGUCGUUUUACAGUGAGCACGUUCUGGACCUACGUUGUACGUAACAGUUAGUACAAGACGCUGUAGGCAACAAGCCCUCCUGGUAACUCUAGCCCCUCCCCGACUCUGUAGUGACGCCGCUGUCGUGUUGUGGUCCAUAUAUUUUCAACACCGGGAGUGCAUGAAACGAUGUGGAAAUUUGUGUUAGUGGACUUAUCAAUGUCUCUCUCCCUCUCUCUUUAUCCCGUCUAUCUCGUGUCCGUGCUUUAUUUUUCAAGUGACUGUUCGCGUGCAGGGCAGAACAUGUCUGUAAUCGAACCGUUUGGUUUUAAGGUUCCGCAGCAUUGAGAAGCGUCUCAAGAAUAGCUUCACGGUUAUCAUUAAUUUGUAGUGUGCCACAACCUCUGUGUACAUAGCCUUCAUUCU